CAACUUUCGUCGUGAGGCUUAGAAGAAGUGUUACAGAGAGAGCCACGCGUCCUUUCUUUGGGAUAAAAAAGAAAAGGGAUCUUUAAUCAUCUUUAUUACUGAAAUCUGUGUUUUCUACCAUCAUAAUCAUCCUUAAGUAUCAUUAUUAGGUUCUUGAAAACUUGUAUUGAUUUUAUGUAUGGAAAAAUUGCCAGUAGAUCUCUGUCUCAAGAUUUUCAGUUGGCUAGAUCAUCAGAACCUUGCAACUGCCCAACAAGUUUGCAAGAAGUGGAAGGCGUUGGCGUCACAGGAUGCACUGUGGUCUAAUCUCUUCAAGGAGAGAUGGAGAGGAAAUAAUGCUGCAUUCUUUGCCCCUGUCGACUCAAAAUCAUGGAAAGAUGUCUAUGAAGUUCAGGAUCGUUGUGAUCGAGUUGGACUGGGCCUGAAGAUAAUCAGAGAAGGUGGUGACUACUAUCUUGUUCACCAAGGAGAAAUCCAACGCUAUUUGGGUUCGAGGAGACAGAAUAAAAGGGCAUUUAGUUCUUCUUUAAGUUCAAAAGGAAUGCUCAUUGGAGACAAAUCCAUGAAAGAAGAGGAACCCUCCAACCAAGUUAAACCUUGUAAAUAGGCGAACUUUAAUAAAUAUUCGGAAAAAGCGGACUGCAUUACCUGUUACUCCCCUAAUCGAACAGUACCUUUAUGAGCUCGACACCACCGAACAAGGAUCUGAGCUAGGUGUUAGCACUUCAGUGAUCAAUUUGAAACAGUUAAAGAAGAUAAAGCUGAAUAAAGGCAAGAGACAUGCUAGCUUCUCUUCCGCUCCUCCAGCUCCUGCUCUGACUUUGAUUUCCAAUGAUAUGCCCGAGGUCAAUAUGGCUUCUGCUGAUCCGAUCUUGGAACUUAAUUUCGAGGACUAGUCCCUAGUGUUACGCUCUCCUUCUCCUGUUUAGAAUCUAGGGAAGCGUCCUCGGUUAGUAGACGAAGAUGAUUGUGUGGAAAUCGGUACUCCCCUAGGUCGUUGUCCCGAUCCUCGGCCUUAUCUGGAAAAGAAGUAUAGGGCAAGUCCAACGGUUCAUACCCUUUCCUUGGCGGAGGAGCUCGCUAAACUCCUUUCUUUCAAUGCUGAUAUUCGAGAGCUUGAUAAUAUGCAUCCUUCUGAGUUUUAUGCUCAAGAGAUGUCCCUUAUCCUUCAGGCUGUAACUUUAGAAAAUGCUCGGAAGCAUUAUGAGAGGCAGUUGAGUGAGCUCCCAUGAUUGGAUGAAGGCUGAGAAUGCUAAGCAUAUCCUUCAGAAGCAAGCUGAAGAGUUCGCUACUAAGGAGCACAAAUGGGAAGACGAGCUGCAUACGACAAAUGCUCAAUCAGAAAAUGCUACUACUCAACUUAGCUCUAUCAUAGCUGAGAAAAGGGAUGCAGAUUUUCGUAUUGCCGAGCUACAACUGGAAUGUGCCACUAUUCAGAGAUGGCGUUUCUUCUAUCUAGCUAUGAGGAGGUUGUUAAAGAGGUUAUGAAGGCUAAGUUUUAUGAUGCUGGCUUGACCUUUGAUGAGCAUAGUUUUACACAUAUUUGCUUGCAUAUUAUUGCGUAUGUUCUUAGCAAUUAUUGUGCUUUUAUUCCCAGAUCACCCGUGUUUUAUGUUCUUUUGCAUUUCAGGAACAUUUAUAGGA